UUACCACCACAAUCCACCCAAAAUCACACACAAUGGCACCUAAGCGCUCGCAGAACGGCCCUGGCGCCAUCAGUCAAAUGUACACCAGCCUUGCCUCGCCUGACAACCGCUCUGUCGUCACCGCUGUCGCCUUUUUCGCCGCCGGUGUCGCAUUCUUGCACAGCAGCUGGAGCGAGAUGCUCCUUCCUCCUCUUUAAACGUCCUUCGCACGUCACCACUCGAAUUAAACUCGACAUCUUGUUGGACCACGGGAAUACCAAAAGACUGGAAUAAGAGAUAGGAACAAGACAUGUACAAUUACACUCGCAACAUUCGCGGAAUUUUCAUGAAUAGGGAAAUGGCGUUUUUGCUUUCACACAAAGGUUGAUCUCUUUGUCGUCACAUACAUUACAAUCUACUGCUUCCACUCUGUGAUCUG